AUGCGAUCAAUACUUUUAUUUUUGGCAUUUCUUGUACUGGCUGAGGCUGUCGGAGUCCAUCCGACGAAACACGUGGAAUCGACGGCUGUAGAUCAAAAUUUCGGUCAUGCCAACGCAGGAAUCUGGAAAAAUAACGGCAAAAAACGUGAAAAACGCUAUGGAUACUAUGGCGGAUACGGUGGAUAUGGUGGAUAUGGUGGAUAUGGAGGAUACGGUGGUUACGGUGGUUACGGUGGCUACGGUGGCUAUGGAGGAUACGGUGGUUACGGAGGAUACGGUGGCUAUGGACGUGGGUACGGUGGAUACGGUGGUUACGGUGGAUACGGUGGAUACGGUGGAUGGGGACGACGUGGUGGAUGGGGACGCAGAUGGGGAUGGGGGAGAUAA